GUCAGAUCUACACAAGAUUGCACUUUACGGCUCUGCUCCUGUCGUAAAGCGCCUCAUCGUUGUAUGAAACUGCUGCUAGGAAGCUAAACAUCGUCAACAAGUCGGGAGUACAGAAACAAAUCAAGUAUUUUUUUAGUUUUUACGCGCGUUGACGGGUAAUUAAUGGCAGCGUCUUCUUCGUCCUCCUCCGCUGGAGGCGUCAGCGGGAGCUCGGUGACCGGCUCAGGGUUCAGCGCCUCGGAGCUGAUCCCCCCUCGGAAGGUGCUGUACACUUACCCUAAAGGGGCCGGGGAAAUGAUGGAAGACGGAUCUGACAGGUUUCUAUGCGAGUCUGUAUUCAGCUACCAAGUGGCGUCUGCACUCAAGCAGGUCAAACACGAUCAACAAGUGUCCCGUAUGGAGAAACUGGCGAGCUUGGUGGAGGAGCUGGAAGCGGACGAGUGGCGGUACAAACCCAUCGAACAGCUACUGGGUUUCACGCCGUCCUAAAUAAUGAUAACACAAAAAGCCACAUUUGCUUCUGCUGAUACGUGAUGUGUUUUCUAUUGUCUUUUUAUGCAAAUGUGGGAUUGACAUUUCAGCAGUUGCAACAGUCCAUGACAGUGACUGAUUGUCCUCGCCGCCGCUCGCUCUAACAAAACAAGAGCAUGUAUAUAAUAAUAAAAAACUCUUUCUAGGA